AUGACGUCUCCCAAAAAGAAUAAAUUAAUAAGGAAUAUUUUUUACGCUUUCGAGGAGUCAGAUGAGAAGUUAGAUAAUGUUUGCAUACAGGAGAUCCCGUCCCUACAGGAACUAGAGGAGGUUUUAUAUUCAGCUCCGCGCUCCUGUCGCCAUGGAGACGAGGUGUGGCCACACCUGUAUCUGGGAGACAUGUUUAUGUCUCAUGAUAAGUUUGGGCUCUGGCAGCUGGGCAUCACUCAUGUGCUGAACGCCUCACAUGGGAAACUGUGCUGUAAGGGCAGCGAUGAUUUCUAUGGAACCACAGUGAAAUACUUCGGGGUCCCAGCCAACGACCUGCCAACGUUUGACCUUUCACCUUUUUUCUACCCGGCAGCCGAGUUCAUUCACCUGGCUUUGACAUCAGGAGGAAAGGUGUUUGUGCACUGCGCUGUGGGUGUGAGUCGCUCGGCUGCCUUGGUCCUAGCUUACCUGAUGCUUCAUCACCGCCUCACUCUUCUGUCCUCUAUACGCUGUGUGCAAGAGAAACGCUGGAUUUUCCCAAACAGAGGCUUUCUGCGACAGCUUAUAGCCCUGGACCGACAACUGCAGGACAAAGGGUUGAAUGAGCCGAAAUAA